AUGUCUGAAUUGCGCGACUUCGAUCGUUUCUUCCGCCUGGAUGGGAAGGCUGCUCUGGUCACGGGCGGCUCUCGCGGCCUCGGCCUGCACACAGCGACGGCCUUCCUCCGCGCCGGCGCAAAGACGGUCUUCAUCACGGCGCGCAAGGCCGAGGGCGCCCAGGGCAUCAACCAGGCCGUGGCGAAACUGAACGCCCUCCCCGGCAUCCAGGGCAAGGCGGUGGGCAUCGCCGCCAACGUCGCCGAGGAAAAGGAGAUUGAACGACUGUUCGGCCAGAUCAAGGGGAUCGAAUCGCAGCUGCACAUUCUGGUCGCCAACGCCGGCGCCACUUGGGGCGGGCCCUUCGAAACCACCCCGGACUGGGCGAACCGGAAAAUCUUGGAUCUGAACGUGCGAGGCAUCUUUAAUCUGGUCAGGAUAUUCCUUCCUCUCCUCCAAGCCGCCGGCACGGCCCAAGACCCGGCGCGCGUCAUUGUCGUCAGCUCCGUCGCCGGCGUCAGCGUGCCUCAUGUCGGCGACCACGGCACCAUCAUGUAUUCGGCCUCCAAGGCGGCCGCGCACCACUUGGCCCGCAACCUGGCUCUCGAGCUCGGCCCCAAGAACAUCACCGCCAACACCGUCGCGCCCGGCUUCUUCCCCUCCAAACUGGCCAACGGGCUCAUCGACAUCCUCGGCGGCGAGCGAGAUCUGAACCGUCAGAAUCCACGGGGGAGACUCGGCAUCCCCGAGGACAUUGCUGGCGUCAUGCUGUAUUUGGCCUCGCCGGCCGCCGCAUAUAUAAAUGGCGUUGACAUAGACGUCGACGGCGGCGCCCAUCUUUCGCCAGGUCGACUGACCAAGCUAUAG